GCGGCGUUGCGCCACGAAUAGCUCCCGUCGAAACGCUCCUGAUCUUCGUCAUUUGAAGACAACUGUUGAGAAUGGAGAACAUGAGAUCACGAAUCGUUCUGAUAAUGGCAGGCACAGUUUUUCUUAACAGCUUUCAAAGUAAGUCAUGUCAUGUAUGAAACAGCAAUAUGUGAAACAGCCCUGUAUGAAACAGCACUGUAUGAAACAGCACUGUAUGAAACAGCACUGUAUGAAACAGCACUGUAUGAAACAGCACUGUAUGAAACAGCACUGUAUGAAACAGCACUGUAUGAAACAGCACUGUAUGAAACAGCAAUAUCAAUGAAAUAGUUAGGCCUAAUUAUGGGUUAGAAAAAUCGGCAAACAACGUUAUUUUUAUCAUAUUUACAAAAUAAGCUUAAACAGUGUUUAUUCGUAUAUCACGUAAUGAAAAUAAUUAACAGACGAUGGGUUCAUAAAAUAGACAUAAAAAAACAACAAUAAGGCAAUAAUUUACAAUAAAAAAUAAUAAAAUUUACUUAUUUUUUUUUUAAAGAAAAGAAAUGCGGUAAAUAAAAGUCGUUUUAGAUUUACAUUUUGAAUCCAGAAAAGUAAAAGAAUGAAACAUAUAAUUCCACUUGCUAUUAGAAUAUUUGACUUUAAUAUAUUUUAUCCCUUCCAAUUUUAUAAAGGGUGUAUACUUGAAAGAGAAUGCGUUGUUAUUUAUAUAGAGUGAGAAACAGAGAGAACGAGAUAGAGGAAGAGAUAAUAUUUGUAACUCUAAAAACAUAAAUUUAAAACAAAUAAUAAUUUAUUAAUUUUUUUCCAAUUGCAUGUGUCAGCUCAAGGUCUUGCUAACGAAGAAAGAUGGCGCGAUUUUUUCUCUGUAACCAGGGGCAACCUUGCAAUGGUGCCAUUACCGACGGCUCGCUCGGCUCGGUCCAGAGUUGAAUGCGCCGUAUCGUGUCUUAGGCAGGCGCCAUCUUGCCAGAGCUUUCUGUACGACGUGGACACGAAUCACUGUGCAUUAGGUAUUUGCUUUCAUUUAUAUUGUUGUGUUAAGUGUUAUAAAUUGUCUAGUUCUAGUAACACGAAUCACUGUGCAUUGGGCAUUUGCUUUCAUUUAUAUUGUUGUGUUAAGUGUUAUAAAUUGUCUAGUUCUAGUAACACGAAUCACUGUGCAUUGGGCAUUUGCUUUCAUUUAUACUGCUGUAUUAACUUUUAUAAACUGCCUGGUUCUUGUAACGCGAAUCACUGUUCAUUGAGUUCGUGCAUUCAUUUAUACUGUUAAAUUAACUUUCAUACAAUUUUUUCUAGCAACACUAAUCACUGUUCAUUGGGUACUUGCUUUCAUUUGUACUGUUGUUUUAACUGUUAUAAACGAUCUGGUUCUGGGAUAUUUAUGUUAGCGACAUCAUAACUAAGUGACGUGAAGUGUUUUAAUGUAUACAUCAACGCGGAAGACAGUAAGGCCUUUUUCCUCUGCAAAAGACAAUCAAGUAGUAUAGUCCAAUUACAUGUUGUAUUAACUUUAAUAAACUUUCCAUUUCUGCGAUAUUUGGGUUACCAGCAUCACAGCUCAGUGGCGCGAAGUGAUUUAAUGCAAAAAAUCAACUCCAAAGAAAUUAGUGCCUUUUUCCUCUGCAGGAAGACAACACGUAAUAUAGACCAAUCACAUUCUCCCAUUUAUUUCAUAAUGUUUUCUAUUCACUGAAAUUAUUUUUAAACAAAUAUUUUAGCUUUCAUUAGAAUCUUUAAAACAUUUUCAACAUUGUCUGACGUGUUUGAGCUAUCAUUGAAAUAUUUUUUGUGUGUGUAUUUGUGCUGAGAAGGUUCAGGGAUAAAACCAUCCGCCAUUCCACAAGUCCCAGAGAGUGGUCUCCUGUAUUAUCCCUUCAGAUCAUUAUGCGUUCACGGCACGGAAAAGUUUACUCUGUUCACUAAUGGCAACACUGGGUCGUGUCUGUGGCUGUCAAAAGCUACUAGGAACUAUACAGAUUCCAGGGCCGCUUGUCAAGGUUGAGAUGUAGCUUUCUGUUAUUAGUUCCGUAAUUUUAUUUUAAAAAAGUAGUGAUAUAUAAAAUGCGUAUUGUUUCAAACGUGAACAUAACCUGCUGUAUUGAACAUUUCAGUGUGAUUGUGCUGGUAUGUUUAUAAUUAUGAUACGUAGAAACAUGGGCGCCCACAGGUAGGGGCAAGGGAGGGCACUUGCCCCCUCCCCCCUGGAUUGAUUGGAUACAAAUUUUUUAGACAAAAAUAGACAAACAAUUUAUUAAAGUAAAAAGAAAAUAAAGAGAAAGUAACUAAGCUGAUGUCCUGUCCGUUCGUUCACCAUAAAAAUACGCUGCAGUAAAUUAAACUAUAUUAAAAAAUUACUAACACUUUUUGCCCCCCUCCCCCCUUGAAAGUUAAUCGAUUUUUUUUGCCCUCCCCCCUAGAAAGUUUUCUGCGGGCGCCCAUGCGUAGAAAAAUCUUUUGAGAACCUAUAUUUUUUGUUUAUUUAGUGUUUUUUUUUAUUUUAAGCUUUUGGGGCAGAAAUUUACACAGCUAAGAAUCCUGAAAAAGUUCAAAUAAUGUUGGCCGCCCAAAAGGUGUUUGGCGUAGAUGAGGCGUGGAUUGGUCUGGAUGAUAUCCAAGAGGAAGGUGUCUUCAGAUGGGUCGACGAUGGAUCCAUCUUUAACACAACGGGGAC